AUGGCUGACUCGCUGAGCUCCGUCCGCCUCGGCAGCGGAGCCGCGGCGUCAGCCCUCAUCAAGAGCCCGAUCUCCAAGCCGUCGGAGACGAAGAGAGCCCCGGAGAUCCGCCCGCAGUCUUCCCGGGACUUGAACGCACCGCCGCCCAAGAAGCACCGAGUCGAGGACAGGAGCGUCAAACCAAAGAAAGUCGUCCGGGAUGGAGGGCUGCUUGGAGGCAACUGUAGCGGGAGAGAGAAACUCCAGCAGCCAGCGAAGCAGCCGAGUCUCGCGGCCGGUUUGUGGAGCCUCAGCCCGGCUAGCGCGAGCGCCGCUUUGGUCCACACAAUCGGCGGAAACCAAGCACCCGCCGCUACUCACAAAAUCCUGAAACAGAGCGAUUUCUUCCUCCACAAGGCGCCUAAAAACAAGAAACCGAGCAAGGAUAAACAGCGGGAGAAGGGAGACGUGAAAAAGAAACUAUUCGUCUCGUCCAGCAACAGCGACACGAGCAGACUUAACCACACUUCUGUCACGAAAAGACAAAAUGGGGACCUCACAUCGCUGCAAAAAGACCUCUUCAACAAGGGCAAAACUAAAGAGCGUGAGCAAGGGGAGCGUGAGGAGAAGAAGCACAAAGUGAUGAACGACGUUAAGCAGGAGAACGGAGAGGUCAAGCAACCAAUUAAAGAUGGCGUGAAAGCCAAAAUUAACGCGGAGCUGCAAAUCAAAAAAGUCAAGAAGAAAAAAAAGAAGAAACACAAAGAAGGGGAAAAGCACAAGCGGGUGAAGAUGUACCACCGCUCGUGCCAAACCGUUUGUGCCGGCCUGCUCCUCCUCCCGUCUCCUACUCAGGACGGCGUCCCGUCUCCGUUUAAAUCGCCUUUGCCUGUUUACCCUUCGCCCAACAACAAAAACGCAUACCUCCACCCGUCUUUUUUUACCUCCUCUCCGCACAAGAGCCCGCAACCUUCCCCGAACAAGCACCCGGCGCGGUAUAUCCAUCCCAGCCUGUCGGGUUUGGAGUUUGCUCCUUAUAUUCACGUUGAGACUCAGCCUAACGGUGGCGCUCUGGUGGCGCACGCGUACGCCGCACAGCUAUCGUCCCUCUCCAUGGGCCAGAGGCAGAGGUUCGCUCAGGAGUUUGUCAACUUAGCGUUCAGCGAAGACUCAUCGCAGGCUGCACAUUACGUCAUGGGUAUCGUCCACGGCGAAGCCUCAUAUCUGCCGGAUUUUCUUGACUACUUCUCCACUAAGUUCUCAUCGGCACCGGUCAAAAUGGAGAUUUUGGGAAAGAAGGACAUAGAAACGACGACAAUGGCUAAUUUCUACUCUCAGGUGAAAAGAACCUAUAGCCACGGUACGUACCGAGCCGGGGCAAUGAGGCAGAUUAGCCUCGUGGGCGCUGUGGACGAGGAGGUGGGCAACUUCUUCCCAGAAUUCCUUGGAAUGCUAGAGGAGUCUCCCUUCCUGAAGCGUACUCUUCCUUGGGGAACGUUGUCCAGCCUCAGCCUGAUGAAUCCUAACGAAAGCGAUGACGGGCCCAUUAUGUGGGUGAGACCGGGAGAGCAGAUGAUACCCGUAGCGGACAUACCAAAGUCUCCUUUUAAAAGAAAACGCUCCACCAACGAGGUGAAGAACCUUCUACAGUCCCUACCCAGAACCAGCGAACCCAGAGAGUUGCUCUUCGAAGACAGGACACGAGCGCACGCUGACCACAUCGGCCAGGGUUUCGAGCGUCAAACCACGGCGGCAGUCGGCGUGCUGAAGGCCGUAUGCUACAAAGAAGGUUCGGAACCCCCUCGUGUAACCAAAGACGUCGUGUGCUUCCACGCUGCUGAUUUCCCAUACGUGGUUCAGCGGCUGCAGUUGGAUUUGUAUGAACCGCCACUCUCACAGUGUGUGCAGUGGGUGGACGACGCCAAGCUAAACCAGCUGCGUCGAGAGGGCAUCCGCUACGCCCGCAUCCGCCUGUGCCACGACGACAUCUACUUCAUCCCGCGCAACGUAGUCCACCAGUUUAAGACCGUGUCGGCCGUCUGCAGCCUGGCCUGGCACGUCCGCUUGAGGCAAUAUGAAGAGGUGAAAGAGGACGAGCUGGAUGUCCAUGAAAGCAAAGAGGAGCAGGAGAGAAUGAAAGUAGAGGAGGAUGAAGAGUUGUAUGCAAACAGGACAUUACCGAUAGAUCCGCCGGUUUCGUCUUCGCCGACUCAUGCGUCAGACUCGGACGUAAGAGCGAGUGAUGAGAAAGAGGUUGGAAAGGAAGACGAACCCCUGCAAUGUCAGCUUUCACCUCCGAUUCAAAUCAAAGCAGAACCUCCGAAAAACGACAAACCCUCAUCACCUCCUGAGGUCAAACCAACCAAAAGCCCUCACCACAACUCCCAUCAUCAACCUCACUGUCCAGCGAGCACCGCGCCGUCUUCCACUUCAAGCGCCUCGCCAUCCUUCCGCCACACGUUAACAUCCACCAGCCCAUCUUCCUCAUCACACAGCCCUAAACCCUCACCUGACCCUCAACCGCCUCCUUCUGAAUCCACGUCUUCCCGUCUGGCCCCCACCGACUCUCCCCGCUUCAAUUCGUCCUCCGAUUUUCACGCCCCCAUCCCUUACGCCGACACACGGACUCGCCCGCCGGUGGAGAAAUGGACUCACCACGUGCAGCAAUACCCUCCUCCCAUGCCGCCUCCCCACCGCCUUUCCCAAAUGCUGCCCCCUUCCUAUCCGCCUCUUCUGCCUCAUUCCCACCUCCCUCACAGACCCUUCCUCAGCCAGCCGCCACCCCCCCACCCCGUUCACAUCACCACCCAAACCCAGCAUUACUACCCUCAAAUGUCCCCGCUCAUGUCCCCGCACCAGUUCCACCCUCACGCCAAACCCUUCUACCCAUCACACUUCCCCCCGCACCACUUCCUCCCCUACCAUUACCCGCCCGUAGCACCGGCCCCGCCUCCCCAUCCACCAUCUCACACCUUCACCCCGCCUCCCCCGCCACCCCCUGCCUCUUCAGAGUCCCCGCCGCCCCCUCUCCCGCCCCUUCCUCCGACUCAAGAAGAGGAGCAGAGUUUAUAG